GGAGGUGCGUGCACGCCCACCGUACCCCUCACGGCUGGGGCGCGGGCUGUGCUUUCCCUGGGGCGUUCGUAGGCGCCUGCAUCGCCGAAGGAGCGUCCAGUGCUUCCCUGUUCCCUGGGGCCGCCUUGUCGCUCCUCCGGCUGGGCAGUGCGGGGCAGCCCGCGGUACCGGCCUUGUCCCCGUGGCCGCGGCUAGUUCCCCGUGAGGGGCUUCGGCGUUGCCGGAGCCGGCGAGCUGGCGUGUGUGGCCGUUGGCUACUGACGGUGUCUUCUCGGGGUUACUUGGAUUGUAUUUAUUUGCGUGUAAAGGGACAUUGACAAUAAAUUUCCUACUAAAACUAGCAACUCCAACACAAAGCCGACUAUAAAAGAAGCUGUAACUGUGCUUGCUUUUGUGGGAGAAGGCUGCUAGUGUCAUCUUGUGAUGGAAAAAAAAUGGACCUGACCAUGACAUUGCUAUGGAAGGAUCUAAUAUUUUGUUCAUAGCCAACUGUAAUAGUGCAGGAGAGUCAGAAAGAAAUGAUUGGAUUUUUCAGAUGAUUAUUGCCAACCAGUCAGAAAAUCGACAAGUGCUGCGUGUCAUUCCAUCUGCCCUGCCUGGAAUGGCCCAAGUGAUUAUUCCUCAAGGUCAACUUCUUGAUGUGGCCAGCAUGCAGGAUGUCUUGGAAGAGAAGUGUGGUGAUGGGAACUUGCAGACUGUGGCAGUGGCUGCUAUAGCAGAUAGUGCAAGCAGUUAUGUUCUACACCCACAGGCAUCUCUCACCGUAUCAAAAAAAGCAUCCACCAGGUUAUUGGAAGAUCCAUUUCCCAUCCCUCUCCAGCCAUUGCCACCAAAUACACCUGCAUGGGCAUGCCGUCUCAGGAACUGUGAGAAAAUUGGGGACUCGUACCGUGGCUAUUGUGUGAGCGAGACAGAAUUAGAGAGCAUUCUAACGCUACACAAGCAGCAAACACAAAGUGUGUGGGGGACACGCCAGUCUCCAAGCCCAGCCAAACCUGCCACACGGUUGAUGUGGAAAUCUCAGUAUGUCCCAUAUGAUGGGAUCCCCUUUGUCAAUGCAGGAAGCAGAGCCAUUGUAAUGGAAUGCCAAUAUGGGCCAAGGAGGAAAGGGUUCCAGCCCAAAAAAGUUGGUGAGCAGGAAAGCACCUUAGGCCAUCUGUACAAAGCUACUUGUCCAGCAAGGAUUUAUAUAAAAAAGGUUCAAAAGUUUCCGGAAUAUAGGGUUCCUACUGACCCUAAAAUUGACAAGAAAAUCAUAAGACUGGAACAGGAGAAAGCAUUCAACAUGCUGAAGAAGAACUUGAUAAAUGCUGGUGGUGUUCUCAGGUGGUAUGUACAGUUACCCACUCCGCAAGCCCACCAAUAUCAUGAAAUGGAAACUGCCUGCCUCCCUUCUUCACCCUCCCAUUUUUCUAUGUCUUCUCCUGAGGAGGAGGAGGAGGUUGCUAGAGAUGAAAACUGUACUCUGCCUUCCCGACUUCAUCCUCAGGUGGCGGACAAGAUCCGAGAACUGGUGUCUCAGGGCGUAGAGCAGGUCUAUGCAGUGAGGAAGCAACUAAGAAAGUAUGUGGAAAGAGAAUUAUUCAAGCCUGAUGAAGUGCCAGAAAGACAUAACCUGUCCUUCUUCCCCACUGUGAAUGACAUCAAGAACCACAUUCAUGAGGUGCAGAAGUCUCUGAGGAAUGGCGAGAUGGUGUAUAAUUCAGAAAGUAUCCCAGCAACACUGCAGUGGACCACAGACAGUGGGAAUGUUCUCACAGAAACAGUGACUGUUACGUUUGCCUCACCACCUUCAGAUGGGAGCUCAGCAGGGGAGUCAGUCAUCCCCAAAACAGAAUCCAACCAGAGUGGGGAGUCCUUGCUACCAGAAACAGCUCAGCUAUUGUCUUCACUCUCUUCACUUCAGCCCAAGAUAUUUGCACAAAUUCAGGGAUUACAGCUGCAGUCAACUUUUACCUCCACUAAUGGAUCAACAGCCCUAAUAGCUGUAAAUAACCAUUCCCCUCCCAGCCCUGCAGGUCUCCUGGAUUCCAUAGGUAGUUCGAUAACAAACCAUUCUCUAGUUCUUAGUCACGGACACAGUUUGCAAGCAGGUGCUGGCCUAACACACCAUAGUGCUGCUGCUUCUGCUUUUGGGACUCCACCUGGCUCUGAGCAGAGUGUGGUCACCAUGGGUCAGUUGGUAGCUGUUGGAGCAGUAGAUGACUUGAGAAGCCUAGAAGGAGGAGUCCAUCAGAUUCUCUUGGGAGAUGUACAGACUAUUCCAGUGCACGUUAUGGACAGUCAUCCAGCAUUUAAAUUGAAUUUGACUACUCUCCUUCAGGGUAAAAGAAUUCCAGAGAGGUUAUCAAAUGCACAGAAUGUCAGAAUCUUAAGUGUUGGAAGGGACCUCGAAAGAUCAUCUAGUCUGACACCUCUGCCAGAGCAGGACCUCCUUGAGUAGGAGAU